UAGUCGACAAACAUUCGAGCCAAUCAACAACAUUCAACAUUCAACAUUCAGUCAGCCAAAAAUUUGUUUGAAACACACUCACACACACAGAAAACAACAAAAAAAUAAAUUCCAACAACGAAAUAAAAUAAGAUGGCAAUAGUGAAGCAAAAAACCAACCAAGAGUCAACGCAACAAACACUCAAAUUCAAGUCCAAAUCAAAGUCAAAGCCCAAAUCAAACACCAAUCAAAUGGUCAAUGUAAUAACUGUGCUCAAGACGCAGCCAACGCUCAGCAGCAAACCUCAAGUUGCGCCCAACAAAAAGUUCAAAUGGCGUCCAAGGAAACCGCAACAAACCGUGCGACGAUCCAAGUUAAUGGCCAAUGCACUGUUGCCGCUGAUGUCCGAAAAGAGAGCCGAGGAACACAAGCCGGAACAGACGAAGACGACGACGACGACGACGAACAACAAAUCAAGGCCAACGAAGGCGACACAAACGCUGCUCGUCGUACGCGAUACGCUGCAGUUGAAGCACGCAGCGAAGAGCGAGAAACCUCAGCAGACAGCGGAGAAGAAGCGAACCCAACGUUUGCCUCCCAUGCCCUUCAAGCAUAAGCUGCAUCCAGCGAGCGGUGGCAAUGCACCGGCAUCGGCAUCGACAGCUGCAACUGCAACUGCAGCUGCAUCUGGCAUUAAGCCGCUUUCGAAUCAAAAGCAAAACGAUGUUGAGGUACCGCUUACGACACGAUUGCCCAUCAUUGACUUUAUUUCCACCGAUGAUUUUGCCCGCAUGCAUGCCUUUAAGAAGGCAAAGGCCGCCAGACGUUUGGCAAAGCAACGAGCAGCGAGUAACGAGUAACGAGUAAUGUGUAAUGCGAGAGUGAACUGCGGGUAACGAGUAAUUGGCAAUUGCUACAUUAAAUUCUAAAUUUGAAGAUGUCGUUGUUAAAUAAACUAACGCAAUUUUGGUAAACAGAUCGA